GAAAAGGAUAAUCGAAUUUCGAACAAUCAGUAUCAGCCAGAACAUGAAAGCACGUCUUGUGGUGCAAACGCAUUGCGACUUAAUGUAACCGGGAAAAAUGUUCGAUAUAUUUAUUGAAGUGCGAUUUUAUUUUUUAAAUGGUUCAUUAGUGGACUGAACGGUUUAUCCCUACCGUUAGUUGAAAAACUUCAACCAUUUCAUAUUUUCUGCCAAAUUUGUGAAGUGAUUCUUAUGAAUGUCGCGUAAAUAUUUAAAUAUAGAGAUAACUUUAAUUUAUUUUUUACUGCUUAUACCAUGGCCUCAAACACAAAUAAUAAAGUUGCUUUGCUCCAAAGAUAGCAGUCGCUUAGUUCGCAAAAUAGUGCGUUCAAAGUGGACACCCAUAUUGGAUAAAUAUUCGGCGAAAUUGCCAUUAGAAUGUCCGUUACAUCCGCUACGUGAUGUUUUUGCUCCAUGCCAAGAUGCCAAAAAACGAGACCGACCAACCCAGUGGACAUGUCGCCUGUGUGGUAAAAGCUUCUAUCAAGAAAGAUUUUUGGACCUGCACUUUGAGACGCGUCACAAAAGUAUCAUUAAUGAGGCCGAGGAUGCCGUCUGCUUGGCCGAUUUUUGUGAUAUAAUGCGAUGCGAGGUGUUCCAAACAGAGGAGUCAUCCAGCUUGACCACCAGCGACCAGCAUGUCGUCACUGAUAUUGAAGUUUGGGGCGAUUCUCUGGGUCAGAAUUCUGCAUUAGCUAAAGCGAAUACGCCAUAUUUGAGUUUAAUACCUCUAAGGACUUCAUCUAUAGGCGGAACACGAGCGUCUAAAGUACAAACUCGUCAAUUAUGUCAAGACAAAAUUGGUCAGAAUAAAUUUAAGGACACGGUCGAAAAUAUAAUUAUUGCUGAAAAGAGCAAGAAGACGACCACCAUCAUUGCCAAUGAACCAAUAAAAAAUAUGAAAAAGGGACAUGCUGACGGUGAACAUUCAACAGGAAGUUCUACAACUGCGGAUCACAAGGCUGCCAAUACACAACCGCCACCACACCCUCGAAGCCAGAGAGCCAAAAAGAAAGAAUCAAAGGUGCAAGAUCACAAUGAGGCAGAUGAGGAAAGUCCAAAUCAACCUGACAAUAGCAGCACUCCCAAAAACGAGAAUGGAAACAUACAGAAGACACGCUCCAGUUGCAAGGCCGAGGAACUUAACAAACUGAAAUUGCAAUGCGAGUUUUUAGUUCGCAGUUGCAUCUCUGGCCUUCUGUUGACUAUGACGGAUCAGAUGUUUAAAGAAAUGGAAGAGGAAAUGAACAGAGCCGUUUGUUGGUAUUUAUCAUGCGAACGCUAUUGGGAGGAUGGUCCGCUUGAGUCCCGCACAUUUCCUUGGGGGUUGACGUUAAUACUCAUCUUCGUUUUAUCGACUGGAGUAUGCUUUUGCUACUACAUUAUUUGGAUAUUAUUUGAUUCCGAAGAGACGACAAUCAAUGCAAAUCAACACGAUUAUAUGUACCAACGGUAUCAGCAAUCAGGCGCAAUAAAACACCCGCACCAGCAGCAGCAGCAGCAGCACCAGGCAAUGACCUCUACCGGUAUGUACAGUGGCAUGCGUCAGAACGUGGCUCAGCCAUACUAUUACCAACAGUCGGUCCACGAAUUAUACCCCGAACCACUUCAAUACGAUUAUCGCCACAGUCCAAGACGAUACAGGACCGAAUCCCAUACACAGAGCACUUCAACGGUGGCCGACAUGGCUGGAACACCACACCAUCGACACGCACCGACGCAGAGUCACGUUUACCAACAGGACAUUUUAGACCGACGCGACUAUACAAGUAGACCCAUUGCUACAACAGCGGUUACAACUGUAGGUGGCAAGACGAUGAACAGUUCCGGCGGUGCACCAAAGUCCGCGAGCACUGCAGGUCUGGGGACAUCCGGUGUCACAGCGUUGGAUAACGAACCGAGCAUGGGUGUGGCUGCGGGAGGAGGACGGCAUUACAAUACCCACCCACGGCCCUUAACCUCUCAUCAUCGGAAUAGUGGCGCCUCUCAGCACUCACUACGCGCUUCAUCAUCUAUUCAAGAAUUUAUGCAGAAUGACAUUGGCCAGAAUGAGCAUUACAUCUAUGUUACGUAUCCGCCAGAUCUAAAAAAACGUUAUUUUGAUAAAUACGAAUAAAUACUGGAACGUAUGUACAUAUAUGCAGCUGAUCGCCAUUUUUUAUUGGCUUUGGAUAGAUCGGAUGCACUUGGCAGAUGCUUAAGGGCAGUACACAGUAAAAUUAAUUGAAAUUAAAUAUAAAAUAAUACACUCGCAUACAUAAACGCCAUCGCAUCGAUAUAUAUAUACAUGUUAUGUAUUUGCUCGAAACUCUCUCGGGGCUUGAAAGCAUACUGAAAGCAUCGAAAUGUCAUAAUUAUUCAUUAAUGAAGUAAAUAUUUCUAAAUAAAUUUCCAAAAACAAAACAAACAAUUAAAAA